AUGAUAACAGAGGAGGGAAAAGAGAUAAUCUGCUUGAAUGAUCUGAACCAGUUUGGCGUGUCGGCGUCUGGCUCAACAAUGGAGGAAAUGAGUGAAGAGGCAUGUUCUCCAUGCAAGGAUGACAGUCAGCACACUGAUGAAGGGGGUGAAGACAUGUCAGUUUGGGAACUGGAGAGAAACUUUGUGACCGGCUGUGUGGAUGGAAAAACUGACGCAAACAGAGAACGGAAGCAAAACCCACCCCUCGCUCUUGAGGAAAUGCAACCUCCAAAAUCAAAGACACACAUGGAUUGCCUGUUGGAAGAUCUAAACUUGAAGAAGUACUAUGACGGGGAGAAAAUUUCACUGAAGGAGCUCCUUGCGAUUGACGAGAACACAAUUAACGAUGCCCCUCAGAAGUGUAAAUCAGAAGUUCCUUGGUAUUUUCUAAAGAAACUGAUGAUGGUUAAUGUCACAGCUCGGAAUGUGAAAUGUGAGUCAAACAGUAAUGAUGUGUUAGGAAGUAAUGAGUUAAAUCUCGAUUGUCUGCUUGACAGCUCAAACUCAGACAACAUGGUAAACCCUCUUGAUAUUGUCACUGCUCUCUUCCUGUGCUCUGAUGGUUUUGCACAGCAGGAAUUGGCUCUAAAAAUGUCUAUGUGUCAGUUUUCUGUACCUCUACUGCUUCCAAACUGUGACACAAAACGGUCCACACUCAUGCUUUGGGCCAUGAGAGACACUGUGAAGAGGUACAGACCUAAACAUCUGUUAGAGUCCAAAGGCUUUAUUGAAGAAAGAAUCGUUCAUUGUAAACUUCCAAUGAUCUCCUUUGUGAGACUGGGUGAGUGCUCCUUGUCCAAAUCAGAAAUCCUCAACAAGCUUUUGAGCAAUUCUCAACAGUACCAUGACACCUUUGUUCACCGUAACAUGGAGAGUGGAGACAGUCCAAGAAGGAUAUCUGAUGGACUGGCUGAAAUUUCCUGGUAUCUUCCUUGUGGGAACAAAAAUAUGGACAUUUUUGUUGAGCCGAUAGCUCUAGCUAAUCUUCGUGGUGACAUUGCUUCAUUCGAAACACAAUUUUCCUUUCUGUGUCUGACCUCUGCCGCAGUUUUUGUUUUCUUUGACCAUUUGGACUCAGGAUGUGAGCUCCUUAUCAACCAAAACCACAAAGCACAGAUCUUCUUGGUUGGAAACCUUCAAAGCGAGAACUUAAAGUUGCAACUCAAGGAUGCUCUGAAAAAUCUAGCAAAAAAGCUGGGUUUGACUAAUAAUAACAUUGUUAUAAAGACAAAACAGACAAAUGAUGCAGACUUUGUCCAAUGCUUGAGAAAAAAAGUUAGUGAUGUUGUCGAGAACACAAAGAUGAAGAUGCCAGUAGAGGAGAUGGUAGACAUUGCUCAUGAAUUGGGAAUCCUGGUUGAUGAAGAUGCUCCAGAGUGCCAGGUUGGAAAGAAAAAUGCAGAUGAAAUCACUGCAGCAAUUAAAGACACCAUUGAAUACAAAGAAGAGCAGCUUCCUCUGCAAGGACAAAUAUGGAAGGACCUGACUUGCUUAGAGAAGGAAGAAUUUCGUCUUCGGAACGUUGGUUCUGAAAACAUAGACCAGUACAGGAGUAAUCUGCGGCAGCAAAAAGAAGAACUGAGGACAAAGCAGAACUCUUAUGACAUAUCACCAGCUAUGAUCUGCUUCAUCAAUGCCAUAUCCAGCCCAGGAACAGAGAGGUGCUAUUUCCUGAAAUGGAUGAGAAUGAACCUGGAUAAUAUGUCUCGUGUCAAACUGUCUGGACUCAGGGAGCAGUACAAAGAAAAGUGUAAAGAUUCAGAGAACAAAGAAGAGAUAAAGAACAUUGACAGACAGCUUUCCAACAGCUCACUGGGGACCGAACACUUCUUUCGUGAAAUGGGUCAGAUCUACGAAGCCUCGCUCUCUCUUCCUGAGACGCAUCUAUCACGUCAACAGCUGCAACAUCUCCCCAACCACUGCGCAAAGCUGCUGCUGGAUGGGUUUCCUCUGGAGCUUGUAGAUGGAGAUGCUUCCAACAUACCUCUGAGAUGGGUGAGUGACGUUCUGGCUCAGCUCAAUGAGUUGGUGUCUCCACAGAACAAGAUACUGGUAGUCACAGUUCUGGGAGUUCAGAGCACAGGAAAGUCCACUCUCCUUAACACCAUGUUCGGGGUGCAGUUUGCAGUCAGCAGUGGUCGAUGCACUCGAGGGGCCUUCAUGCUGCUGAUAAAAGUCAACCAAGACAUCAAAACACUUCUCAACUGUGACUUCAUGGUGAUCAUUGAUACUGAGGGCUUGAAGUCCCCAGAGCUGGCACAGCUGGACAACAGCCACGAACACGACAAUGAGCUUGCAACACUUGUUGUGGGGUUGAGUGAUAUGACCAUUGUCAAUAUUGCCAUGGAGAAUUCCACAGAAAUGAAAGACAUCCUGCAGAUAGUGGUGCAUGCUUUUCUCAGAAUGAAGGAGGUGGGCAAAAAGCCCAAAUGUCAGUUUGUCCACCAGAACGUUUCUGAUGUUUCAGCCCAUGAGAAAAACCUACGAGACAGGAAACUUCUCUUACAGCAGCUGAAUGAGAUGACCCAGGCAGCGGCCAAAAUGGAAAAGAAAGAGAAGAACAAGAGCUUCACGGAUGUGAUGGAGUAUAGUCCAGACACUGGCAACUGCUACGUUCCUGGACUAUGGAACGGAAACCCACCAAUGGCACCAGUCAAUGCAGGGUACAGCGAGGCUGUAUAUGAGCUGAAGAAAAACAUCCUCCAACAGCUGGGAACGUUUCAGUCAUCCGCUAACAAUAUUCUAGAGUUUAGAGAGUGGAUGACCAGCCUGUGGAACUCAGUAAAGCAUGAAAACUUCAUUUUCAGCUUCAGGAACAGCCUCGUGGCUGAUGCAUACAUCCGGCUCUGCACGGAGUUCAACCAAUGGGAGUGGGAGUUCAAAAAAGAAAUGUACACCUGGGUGACUAACGCAGAGACACGAAUUAGAAAUUUUGGCACAGUGGCUGCUCUGUCUGACAUAUCUGACAUGACAGAACUGCUCUCUGAGUUAAAAGGCGAAGCUGCCACUGUGCUGUCUGAGUGGGAGACAAGGCUGCUUGAUAAUCUGAAGAAAUACUUCAAGCAAACAGAUGGUCACGUCUAUCUGGUUGAAAGAUACAGAGAGGAAUUCUCUAACAGCGCAAAGAGUCUUCGAAAAGAAACGGAAAGAUCCAUAAUUAGCCAGCUCACAGCAGCAGCUGAUAUCAGAAGAGGAAUGACAGAAGUUGAUCAAAUCAAAGAGAAACACCGGACACAGUUAGAGGAUCGAGUACGUAGACUAAUUGACAAAUGUCACGCGAGAUCUGUUAAGAUGACUGAAGAAGAACUGGAUGAAGAAUUUGACAAAAUAUGGACAAAAACUGAACAGGAACUCUCCUCCUUCAAUAUAAAACCCACUGACAUUAACAGCAGCAUAUUUUACCACCUGAGAACAAAUCUGUCAACAAAGCCAGGUUAUGCGUUUGAGUUACUGAGCAAAAGAAGUCUGCAAGAUUGUGGAGCCGAGUCUUUUAAGUACCAACCUGAAGGAUUGAUACAGCGAGGAAUACAUAAAAUCAAGAAAAUCUUUGACAUUCAAGAUCACACAAAGAUUGUACAAAAAAUGGCCGAUGACAUUAUAAGUACUUGCACAGAGUUAAUUACUAUAAAAAUUGAGAGAAAAACCAACUACCAUGAAACCUACAUUGAGGAGAUCCUUCACACCAUUGAUGAAAUGCUGCAAAAAAAUGAGCACCUAGGAACGGGUGUGAAGUUUGAAGUUUCUCUGAAGCAGCACAUCUGUGGAAAAGCUGCACAACUAUUUCAGAAAAUGCACAACGAUUUUCUAAGUAGGAACGACCCCUGCAGAUGUCUUCAAAACAACAAAGGACAGUUUCACGCAGAUUUCAAAGAUAUUUUCCAAAAGAAAGACCAGUGCCAGAAAAAAGCAGAAGAGUUCACCACCAAAUGUCUGAAGCCUGCUGUUGAAGACUUUAUCAACCGUUCUCUGGGUCCUGAUAUCCUUGCUGAAAUGCUGAAAAAGGAGGAAUUCAGUACACGAAUGUCCUUCCAGUAUUCAAUUUUAAAGGACUUACUUGAGAGGGAUGACUUUGAACGCUAUGUAGACUACAUUAGCUCAUAUGAAACAUAUGCAAAAAAAUGCAUCCUCCAUCAAAUUAUGGAUCAUUUCUCAAAAGAGACAACAACAUUUGAAUCUGAAAAUCAGCGUAUCAAAAAGUGUGUGGCUGACAUGGGACAAACUCUGGAAGCCAAGGUAAAAAAAGAGGACAUUAGAAUGAAGCUGAAACGUCUCCAUCUGAAGCCUGAGAAUGAGCUUUUCACUAAACUGAUUGGCUGUGGUCAUCAGUGUCCAUUUUGCAAAGCUCCAUGUGAAGCAGGAGGCAAAGCUCACCCUGAGCACUUUGCUUCACUUCAUCGUCCAAAGGGACUGGGUAGAUACAGAUUUGUUUACUCCAAUGACCUUGUCACUGACAUAUGCUCUUCUUCUGUGCUUACUGAUCACACAUUUAGAUGUCAUGAGACCAACGGAGCAUUUCACCCUUACAAACGUUACAAAGAAAUUUUCCCACACUGGAAAAUUGUCCCGGAUGCGAGCUUGGAGGCAUCAGACUUCUGGAAAUAUGUAUUUAUGAAGCACAACCAUGACUUUGCCAAAGAGUACAAUGCAGAACCUGCUAGUAUCCCAAAUCCCUGGAAUAAUAUCACACCUGAGCGGGCAAAAAAAAGCCUAAAGGAGUCAUUUAGUAUCAUUUUUGACUGGGCCAAUUAG